CACCAGGCAAAUCAAAUUUGGGUUACCGAAGCUGCCAUGUACACCGAGACAAAUUACAAUUCAUAGCUUGGUAUAAUGGUCGGUUAUAUACUGAAGAUUUUAUUUCAACGGGUAAACCUGACAGACAUAUCACUACUACAUUGGAAAGAAACGUUUCCCUUGGAGUCAAAAUAAUUUUCACGGGGGAAAGAUGGCUCUGGAUGCCGAGAGCAAGGAGCUGCUGUUGGAAACGCUGGAAGAGCUGGGGCAGGAGGACUUCAAGAAGUUCAAGUUUUAUAUGGAUCUGCCUCAGAGCAAAAAAGAAAACGCAGACCGGACUGACAUCGCCGAAGUGCUGGUGAACAGGUACAGCAAGAACGCUGUGGCGGAGACCAUCAGGAUUCUGGAGAAGAUCAAGAACUACGACCUCGCCCUGAAGCUGCGUAACGACUGGGCGCAAAUCACAGGUGGCACCCGUGCGCCCUCAGAUAGCAUCUCCUUAGAGGUCCAGAUGGGCGAAUUCAAGCGAGAGCUGCAAGAGAACCUGCGGGACAUGUACUGCAAGGCUCCCGAGGGCAACACGGAGCGCAGCCAGCAGGAGGCCCUGGAGAGCGUCUACACCAAGCUCCACAUUAGCCGCGGCGUCGCCGGUCUUCCCGACAAGCAGCACGAGGUCCUUCAGUUGGAGAUGCGCGGCGAAGACGAGGAGGAGGAGUCCAUCGAGCCGUGCGACAUCUUCAAAAGCGAGAUGCCCCUUCGCACCAUGGUCACCGUGGGCUUCGCGGGCAUCGGGAAGACCUUCCUGGUGCGCAAGUUUGUCCUGGACUGGGCCAACGGGACAACCAACACAGACAUGGACUUCAUCUUUCCCUUGCCCUUCCGCGAGUUGAACUUGGAGGAGGGGAAAAGCUUUUCGCUGGCAGAGCUCAUCCAGCACUUCAUCUGCGACAGCAAGGAGGGCAUCGAGAUGCUGCAAGACAUCUUGGGCAGGCUGCAAGAUUUGGGCAAGCGCACCUACCAAAGCAGCAGCGUCAAGAUUUUGUUUGUACUGGACGGCUUGGACGAGUGCCGCCUCAAACUGGACCUGAGCGACGAGCGCAAGGAGCGCCUGGAUGUGACCCGAGCGUACCCCGUGGAGGUCCUCCUGGCGCAUCUCAUCAAGGGGAACCUGCUUCCCUGCGCCAGGCUUUGGAUCACCACGCGGCCCCAGGCAGCCCGCGACAUCCCGUCGCGCCUGGUGGACGGCAGAACCGAAGUGAAAGGCUUCAGCCGCAACCAGAGGCUGGACUACUUCAGGAAGAGGUUCCCCAAUGACGAGGACGUCAUCGAGCACAUCCAAAAGUCCCGCAGCAUUUACACCAUGUGCCACAUGCCCAUCUUCUGCUGGCUCAUCGCCACCGUUCUCCGAGAUUAUCUGCAGCACGGAAAGGAGCUGCCCGAAACCCUGACCGAGAUGUACACAGAGUUCCUCCUCUAUCACCUGGGCAGGUCCGAGGAGCGAGGCGGCCAGAAGCGCACAGAGUACGUCAAAGCGCUGGCCAAGAUGGCUUUUCAGGGUCUCAUGAAAAAGCAACAGAUCUUCUACGAGAGCGACUUGCGGGAAAGCGGCUUGGAUGCCCCGCAGGUCGCAAAACACUCGGGAGUCUUCACAGAGAUCUUCGAGGAGGUACCCCCGCUCAAGAAAUACCAACGCGGCAAGAUGUUUCAGUUCAUCCACCUGAGCAUCCAGGAAUAUCUGGCCGCUCUCUACGUGAUGAUGAGCCUGUUCCAGGACAACAAGAACGUGCUGGGAGAGCUCCCGAUGCAUUGCGAGCAGACGUCGCUCGUCCGGGUCCACGAGGCGGCCAUCCGCAAAGCCUCAGAAAGUGAGGGAAACCUGGACGUGUUCCUCCGCUUCUUGGUGGGCCUUUCCUUGCAGUGCAACCAGGAGCUCAUGGGCGAGCUGCUGAAAGCUCCCAAGAACUUCCGCCACAGCAAAAAAAAAACAGUCCGCUUGAUCAAGCAACAGAUCGAUAAGAACUCUCCUGAGGAGAACAUCAACUUGUUCUACUGCCUGAAAGAGCUGAAGGACGAGUCCCUGCUGGAGCAGCUCCAAAAGUACCUAAAAGAAUUCUGGUCCAACCCUGAGAACGUACCUCCGGCCAUGUGGUCGGCCCUGGUCUUCUUCUUGCGGGCUUCCAUACUGAACUGCUUCAAUCUCCACGAAUACGCUCCGUCCGAGGAGGGGCUCCUGAUGCUGCUGCCGGUGGUCAAGGCUUCUCGAACAUCAUUGUUCCGGGGGUGUAACCUGAGCAAGAAAAGCUGCAAGGCGCUGGCCUCCGUUCUAAGCUCGCCCUGCAGCCUGAGGGAGCUGGAUCUCAGCUGGAACGACUUUGGUGACGACGGGCUGGAGGCGCUCGUCGCCGGACUGGCAAAGCCGCAGUGCACCUUGCAAGUCCUCACGCUCUGGGACUGCGAGCUGAGCAAGAAAAGCUGCGAGGCGCUGGCCUCCGUUCUAAGCUCACCCAGCAGCCUGAGGGAGCUGGAUCUUGGCUACAACAACUUGGGUGACGACGGGCUGGAGGCGCUCGCCGCCGGACUGGCAAAGCUGCAGUGCGCCUUGCAAGUCCUCAAGCUCUAUGGCUGCAAGCUGAGCAAGAAAAGCUGCGAGGCGCUGGCCUCCGUUCUAAGCUCGCCCAGCAGCCUGAGGGAGCUGAAUCUCAGCGACAACGACUUGGGUGACGACGGGCUGGAGGCACUCGCCGCCGGACUGGCAAAGCCGCAGUGCGCCUUGCAAGUCCUCAAGCUCGAGGAGUGCAAGCUGAGCAAGAAAAGCUGCGAGGCGCUGGCCUCCGUUCUAAGCUCGCCCGGCAGCCUGAGCGAGCUGGAUCUCGGUGACAACGACUUGCGUGACUACGGGCUGGAGGCGCUCGCCGCCGGACUGGCAAAGCCGCAGUGCACCUUGCAAGUUCUCAGGCUCUGGAGCUGCAAGCUGAGCAAGAAAAGCUGCGAGGCGCUGGCCUCCGUUCUAAGCUCGCCCGGCAGCCUGAGGAAGCUGGAUCUCACCUGGAACGACUUGUGUGACGACGGGCUGGAGGCGCUCGCCGCCGGACUGGCAAACCCGCAGUGCGCCUUGCAAGUUCUCGAUCUCUGGGAGUGCAACCUGAGCAAGAAAAGCUGCGAGGCGCUGGCCUCCGUUCUAAGCUCGCCCGGCAGCCUGAGGGAGCUGGAUCUCGGCCAUAACGACUUGGGUGACGACGGGCUGGAGGCGCUCGCCGCCGGACUGGCAAAGCCGCAGUGCGCCUUGCAAGUCCUCGGGCUCUGCGACUGCGAGCUGAGCAAGAAAAGCUGCGAGGCGCUGGCCUCCGUUCUAAGCUCGCCCUACAGCCUGAGGCAUCUGGAUCUCAGCUGCAACGACUUGCAUGACGACGGGCUGGAGGCGCUCGCCGCCGGACUGGCAAAGCCCGAGUGCACCUUGCAAGUCCUCAGGCUCGACCACUGCAAGCUGAGCAAGAAAAGCUGCGAGGCGCUGGCCUCCGUUCUACGCUCGCCCUGCAGCCUGAGGGAGCUGGAUCUCAGCGCCAACGACUUGGGUGACGACGGGAUGGAGGCGCUCGCCGCCGGACUGGCAAAGCCGCAGUGCACCUUGCAAGUCCUCGGGCUCGACCACUGCAAGCUGAGCAAGAAAAGCUGCAAGGCGCUGGCCUCCGUUCUAAGCUCGCCCGGCAGCCUGAGGGAGCUGGAUCUCGGCUGCAACGACUUGUACGACGACGGGCUGGAGGCGCUCGCCGCCGGACUGGCAAAGCCGCAGUGCGCCUUGCAAGUCCUCACGCUCUAUAGGUGCAAGCUGAGCAAGAAAAGCUGCAAGGCGCUGGCCUCCGUUCUAAGCUCGCCCGGCAGCCUGAGGGAGCUGGAUCUCGGCUGCAACGACUUGUACGACGACGGGCUGGAGGCGCUCGCCGCCGGACUGGCAAAGCCGCAGUGCACCUUGCAAGUCCUCACGCUCUGGGAGUGCAACCUGAGCAAGAAAAGCUGCGAGGCGCUGGCCUUGGUUCUAAGCUCACCCUGCAGCCUGAGGGCGCUGGACCUCAGCUGGAACAACUUGGGUGACGACGGGCUGGAGGCGCUCGCUGCCGGACUGGCAAAGCCCCAGUGCGCCUUGCAAGUUCUCGAGCUCCAGGGGUGUCUGCUGAGAAAGAAAAGCUGCGAGGCGCUGGCCUUGGUUCUAAGCUCACCCUGCAGCCUGAGGGCGCUGGACCUCAGCUGGAACAACUUGGGUGACGACGGGCUGGAGGCGCUCGCCGCCGGACUGGCAAAGCCGCAGUGCACCUUGCAAGUUCUCGAGCUCAACAACUGCAAGCUGAGCAAGAAAAGCUGCGAGGCGCUGGCCUCCGUUCUAAGCUCGCCCUGCAGCCUGAGGGAGCUGAAUCUCAGCGACAACGACUUGGGUGACGACGGGCUGGAGGCGCUCGCCGCCGGACUGGCAAAGCCGCAGUGCGCCUUGGAAGGCCUCAAGCUCCGCGACUGCAAGCUGAGCAAGAAAAGCUGUAAGGCGCUGGCCUCCGUUCUAAGCUCGCCCGGCAGCCUGAGGGAGCUGGAUCUCAGCCAGAACGACUUGGGUGACGACGGGCUGGAGGCGCUCGCCGCCGGACUGGCAAAGCCGCAGUGCGCCUUGGAAGGCCUCAAGCUCCGCGACUGCAAGCUGAGCAAGAAAAGCUGUAAGGCGCUGGCCUCCGUUCUAAGCUCGCCCGGCAGCCUGAGGGAGCUGGAUCUCAGCCAGAACGACUUGGGUGACGACGGGCUGGAGGCGCUCGCCGCCGGACUGGCAAAGCCGCAGUGCGCCUUGCAAGUCCUCUGGCUCAGGAGUUGCAAGCUGAGCAAGAAAAGCUGCGAGGCGCUGGCCUCCGUUCUAAGCUCGCCCUGCAGCCUGAGGAAGCUGUAUCUCAGAGACGACUUGGGUGACGACGGGCUGGAGGCGCUCGCCGCCGGACUGGCAAAGCCGCAGUGCGCCUUGCAAGUCCUCGGGCUCAUGGUCUGCCAGCUGAGCAAGAAAAGCUGCGAGGCGCUGGCCUCCGUUCUAAGCUCGCCCGGCAGCCUGAGGAAGCUGAAUCUCAGCGACAACGACUUGGGUGACGACGGGCUGGAGGCGCUCGCCGCCGGACUGGCAAAGCCGCAGUGCGCCUUGCAAGUUCUCGAGCUCUGGAGGUGCAAGCUGAGCAAGAAAAGCUGCGAGUCGCUGGCCUCCGUUCUAAGCUCGCCCGGCAGCCUGAGGGCGCUGGGGCUCGGCGACAACGACUUGGGUGACGACGGGCUGGAGGCGCUCACCGCCGGACUGGCAAAGCCGGAGUGCACCUUGCAAGUUCUCGAGCUCUAUGGCUGCAAGCUGAGCAAGAAAAGCUGCGAGGCGCUGGCCAAGGCUCUCCGGUCCAACCCCUCCCACCUCCAAGAGCUGAAUCUGGUUGACAAUGACAUCGAAGAGGAAGACAGGCGGGUCUUGGCCGAGGUCCAAAAGGAUCCUCGCUGCAGUGUGAAGAUCAAGUGGCUUCCUCAAGAUGAUUGAAGAAUCUUCUGGACAGACAGAGGGAAAUGUCUUGCCGAAUAAUAAAAAGAUAUGAAUGGAA